AUGGCGGAGCGAAAGAGAAGUCGUGUGUGGAGCUAUUUUAGCUCCACAAACACCCAAGAUGCGACGUGUGACAUCUGUGGUAAAAAUGUUAAGAGUUGUGGCAAAACAACAAAUCUUGUCAAACACCUAAAAAACAACCACACCUCUGAAUAUGAGGCAUUUGAGGAGAGGCGGACAGAGGAGCAGUCCCAGGUUAGGACAGAUGCUAGGGGAAGGCAGACGUCCCUGGCGGAGUCCUUCGGCGCGACAGCCAGACAAUACCCAGUCCUUAUAAUGUGUGGAAAUCUUCUUGUAAUAAUCUCCAUCAUUUACUUCAAACAGCUCCACACUCCUACAAACUACCUCAUCCUCUCUCUGGCUGUGGCUGACCUGCUUGUUGGGGUUGUAGUCUUGCCUUUCAGCAUAAUACUGACUGUAACUUCAUGUUGGUAUCUUGAAGAUUUACUCUACAGAUAUUACGCAGUGUGUCAGCCUCUGAGCUAUAGAACUAAAAUUAAUGUCCGUGUUAUUGUUGUCAUGAUCCUGUUGAGCUGGACUGUUUCUGCACUUCUUGGAAUUGGCAUCACAAUUCGGGGACUGAAUGAAGGGCAAUCACAUCGGUGUGUUAUAUUUCAACAUACAAAUUCAGUUAUUAUGGGAACCAUUUUUGCCUUUUACCUCCCAGCUGUCAUAAUGUUCUUCAUCUAUUUAAAGAUUUUUAUCGUGGCACGGAGACAGGCAUGCAACAUCCAGAACACAACGUGUCAGAGAAAAAAGUCUGGAGCAGCUGUCAGUAAGAGGGAGAGAAAGGCCACCAAAACUCUGGCUGUUGUUAUGGGAGUAUUCCUCAUCUGUUGGACUCCUUUUUUCCUUUGUAUCACUUUUUACCCUUUGAGUAACUACACAAUACCAGUUCCUUUGAUUGAAAUAUUGAAAUGGCUUGGAUGGUCGAACUCAAUGCUAAAUCCAUUGGUCUAUGGUUUCUUUUACCGCUGGUUUCGAUCAUCUUUCAGAAUGAUAAUUUCUGGGAAAAUAUUUCAAGGUAUGGUGGCAGGCUUUGAAGAGCGAUUCUUCGAAUCUGGACCUCACGGCAGAAGGCCAAAAUAUUCUCUGUCCGAUUUGGACAAAGGCCAUUUCAGGACUGUUGGAGAAGUUAUGGCUGCCAGCUUGGCCCAAGGAGGACCACCCCCAAAUUACCUCAUGCUGUGGUGCUACAGGUUCCUUUGCACAGGGUCCAUCGAUUUUGAGCAUAUGGAAAAGAAUGAUGUGGGAGAUGAAGAAUACGUAGAUCUCCUUUCAAGAGUGGAGGCAGCCACUGAUACCUCACUUCCAGAUCUCACCAAUGAGAUAUUAAACUGUGGAUACACAGGACAAAUCUCUAUUGGAAAAAGGGAGGAAAUAAUGCGUGCGAUUGUCCUCCAUGACAAGCUGAGGCUGCUGCCAAUGCUGCUUCAAAUAAGGGACGGGUUGAAGCUGUAUGGCUUGUUAGACCUCAUGGCCAAAUACCCUGAUGUCUGUCAGCCUUUGUUUGUGCCGGGUCUUGAGAUGACUGCUGAUGCAGACUUCGUACUGUCUGUGUGCCAAGCACAGUACAGUGAAAGAGGCACGAACCAGGAAACAGUGGAGGUAAUGGUUAUGAAUCACCUGCAGGAUUUCCUCCAGGAACUGGAGCAAGAAUCUGUGAUGGAGAGAGAUUCACUUCCCUCAUUGUCUCCAAAAACAUUUCUCCAGUGGAUUACUGGGCAAGGCCAUCUUCCUGUCCUUAAGGAAGAGAGGAGACAUUUCAAUGUCACUAUCAAGUUCAAUCAUCACUGCCAGACAGACUUUGGGGAUCACAGAAUAUGCUAUCCAUCUAUUGCUGCUUGCAGUAUUACCAUAACCUUGCCUGUGAAACACAUGACAUCAUACGAUGAAUUUAAAACUAUCCUGGUGGAGGCAUUCCAUCUGGGCCAAGAAUUCUCCAGAGUUUAG